GGUUUGUUUCAGUACUUCUCAACAGUCUCUCUCACACUUUCUCUUUCUUUUUCUCCCUCCCUCAACUCUCUCUUUCUCUAAAGAUGACUUGUGGGUUUCAGAUGCCUGCCCUCUUCAUCUUGAUAGCUUUAUCAUUUCCAGUUCUGAUCCAUGGAUGGGGAGUUGAUGGGCAUUAUAUCGUUUGCAAAAUAGCUCAGGAUCGAUUAAGCACGGCAGCAUCAGACGCAGUCAAUGAUCUUCUUCCGAGUUAUGCAAACAACAAUCUCAGCAGCCUUUGCUCAUGGGCUGACCAUGUAAAGUUCCGCUAUAGAUGGUCCUCUCCUCUCCAUUACAUUAAUACACCAGAUAAUCUUUGCAAUUAUAAUUACCAAAGGGACUGCAAGGAUGACAAUGGAGUGGCAGGGAGAUGUGUAUCAGGAGCAAUCACCAAUUACACUGACCAGCUUCUUACUUACAAGAACUCUUCUAGUGGAUCCCAAUAUAAUCUCACUGAAGCACUCCUCUUCCUUGCUCACUUUGUGGGUGACAUUCACCAGCCUCUACAUGUUGGUUUCACUUCAGAUGAAGGGGGCAACACCAUUGAAGUACACUGGUAUACAAGAAAGGCAAACCUCCACCAUGUAUGGGAUGAUAGCAUAAUUCAAACGGCAGAAGAAAAUUUCUAUAACACUUCGGUGGAAGAAUUCGCGGAUACAAUAAAAAAGAAUAUCACAGGAGAGUGGUCAGAGAAAGUUACGAAAUGGGAGACAUGCAGUAAAAACGAGACAAUAUGUCCAGACGUAUAUGCAUCAGAAAGUAUCACUGCAGCGUGUGAUUGGGCAUACAAAGGUGUAACAGAGGGUUCAACUUUAGAAGAUGAGUAUUUUCAUAGUAGAGUGCCUGUGGUGAAUUUGAGCGCUUAGCUGAGGGGUGGGGUUCGUUUAG